CAUUUGUAAUCGGCAUUGAUUCAAUAAAAAGAAUAAAGAAUGAGUUGAUUGCGAAAAUAGAAAAAUCAAAGUUGCAGUAAAGACAACAGUUGACCUGAAUGCAGGGGGAGUCAAGUGUUCGAUCCAGAGCAACAGUGAACUGAAGUUAUGGACUGAAUCUCCAUGUUUCUUAUUUUGAGUGAUUGAUAAAAAAAUUACGCAAUUAUUAAACUGUAGUUUGUUGAUCAAUCAGAUAAAAAUAGCUUUGAGUUCUGGUCGAGUUCUUGAUUUGUAUGUCAUUAUCAAGAAUCAAACUUAACAUUCUAUCUAAUCUUAUCCAAAAAAAUAAAUUAUCCUCUCUCGGAUUACUAUAAAUUUGAAUAGGAUUGUGAAGAAAUUCAAUCAAGUCAAUUCACAAAUUCGUUCCAUGGCGAUUCUUCGAGCUCUUUGGCCUGUGCUUUUAGUAGUGUUUUGUCUUUUUAACUCUAAUUCAGUGAAUGCCAAUACAACAGUGAGCUAUGAUGGCAGAGCUCUACUAAUUAAUGGACAACGCAAGGUUUUGAUUUCUGGAUCCAUCCAUUAUCCUAGAAGCACUCCAGGGAUGUGGCCUGACCUAAUUGCAAAGUCUAAGGCUGGUGGACUGGAUGUUAUUGAGACAUAUGUUUUCUGGAACAUGCAUGAGCCUGAGAGGCGUCAGUACAAUUUUAAGGGAAGAAAUGAUUUGGUAAGGUUUCUGAAGACAAUACAAGCGGCAGGCCUCUAUGCACACCUGCGAAUUGGUCCUUAUGCUUGUGCAGAGUGGAAUUAUGGAGGUUUUCCAGUCUGGUUGCACUCUAUACAGGGGAUUCAGAUGAGAACUGACAAUGAACCAUUUAAGAAUGAGAUGACAAUCUUCACAACAAAGAUCGUUGAAAUGAUGAAAGCAGAAAAGCUUUUCGCAUGGCAAGGAGGGCCCAUUAUCUUGGGACAAAUUGAAAAUGAGUAUGGAAAUCAAGAGAAACAUUAUGGAGAAAAGGGAAAGGCCUACAUAAAUUGGGUUGCUAAAAUGGCAGAAGCACAGAAUAUCAAUCUUCCUUGGGUGAUGUGCCAACAAGAAGAUGCUCCUGACCCUAUUAUUAAUGCAUGCAAUGGUUUCUAUUGUGAUAGCUUUGAACCAAAUUCUAUGAAAAAGCCAAAAAUGUGGACUGAGAACUGGUCUGGCUGGUUUCUAACAUUUGGAGGAAGGGUUCCCCACAGGCCUACAGAAGAUGUUGCAUUUGCAGUAGCACGGUUUUAUCAGAGAGGAGGAACAUUUCAGAACUAUUAUAUGUACCAUGGAGGAACAAACUUUGGCAGGACAGCCGGGGGGCCAUUCAUCUCCACUAGUUAUGACUAUGAUGCACCUAUUGAUGAAUAUGGGUAUAUAAGGCAGCCAAAAUGGGGACAUCUUAAAGAAUUGCACCAUGCUAUAAAGCAAUCUGAAGCUGCUCUAGUCAAUGGAGAGAUGCAUAGCAUUUCAUUUGGGCAUGACCUUCAGGCAACAGUGUAUUCUGUGAACUCUUCUGGCAUAUGUGCUGCAUUUCUCAGCAACACACACCCUAGGAAGGAUGCAACUGUACAAUUCAAUGGAAAGUCAUAUUACUUACCUGCUUGGUCUGUCAGUAUUUUGCCUGAUUGUAAGCAUGCUGUCUUCAACACUGCAAAGAUAAGUACGCAGACCUCUUCAAUGGCAAUGGAAAAGGUUGGCCUGGAAUCACUUCUUCCUGCUGAAACUGAAACCUCAAGUAGCGAUACAAAACCAUCCAUAAAUUGGUCAUGGCACAAAGAACCUAUUGGAAUUAGGAGUGGUGAAAAUUUCUCUAGCAACGGCUUGCUAGAGCAGUUGUACACAGCUAAAGAUAAAAGUGAUUUUCUAUGGUAUACAAACAGUGUACAUCUAGAUGAAGAUGAACCCUUUUUAAAGAACAAGAGUCAAGUAUAUUUGCAUGUUAAGACACGAGGGCAUGCACUCCAUGUGUUUAUCAAUGGACAAUUUGCAGGAACUCAAUGGGGAAGUUAUAACAAUACUUCGUUUACAAUGCAUAUUCCAAUCACCUUGAAAGCUGGUACAAAUGAAAUAGAUCUACUUAGUGUGACAGUUGGAUGGCAGAAUUAUGGACCAUUUUUUGAUACAUGGGAAGCAGGAAUCAAUGGUCCUGUAAUGUUGCUAGGUCUUAAAAAUGGCACAAAAGAUUUGACCUUCCAGAAGUGGAAUUACCAGAUUGGUUUAAACGGUGAACACCAACGUCUAUAUUCAAAAACAGGGGCAAACGCUGUUCAAUGGAAUUCAGGAACAUACCCUCCCAAUACUACUGCCCUGAUAUGGUACAGGACUGAGUUCAAUGCACCAAAAGGAAACAAUGCAGUGGCUUUGGACCUGACCACCAUGAGUAAAGGCCAAGCAUGGGUAAAUGGCCAUCAUAUUGGGCGCUAUUUUCCUUCAUUCAAGGCUCCUACAGAUGGGUGCUCCGAUACAUGUGAUUACAGAGGAACCUAUUCUCCAACCAACUGCGUCACCGGUUGUGGAAAAUCAUCUCAAGAAUGGUACCAUGUCCCUCGCUCCUGGCUACACCCCACAAACAAUGUAUUAGUAUUACUUGAGGAAAUUGGUGGCGACCCAUCUGGAAUUUCAUUCAGAACCAGAUAUGUGGACACUAUUUGCUCUCAUGUCUCUCAGGACGAUCCUACUGCCUAUUACUCUGUGGAGGAAUCACAUGGUGUUACAGAGCCUCCUCAUCUUAACUUACAAUGUUCUUCAGGGCAGCAUAUAUCAGCCAUAAAGUUUGCAAGCUUUGGAAACCCGAAAGGAUCUUGCGGAACAUUCUAUGAAGGUUCUUGCCAUGCAACAACGUCUUCGGACAUUAUAAGAAAGGCUUGUGUUGGCUAUGAGGAAUGUUCAAUCCCCGUUUCAGAAGCCUUAUUUGGAAAACCAUGUGAUGAUCUUGUGAAGAGUUUAGCAGUGGAGGCUAUUUGCAGCCAUUGACUCAUCAAAACUCUGAUCUGAAGAUUAUAUAGUCAUCUGAGACCAACUGGUGGCACAUUUGAUAUAAAAUCAGUGCCAAAGUACCAAAUUUUAGAUUUCAAUAUUCUUUUGACAGGUUCUUGUUUAUUCAUUUUGGGCUCUUUGAACUAUUGAGCAGCUUCGCAAGUAACAAAAUCUUUGAACUAUUGAGCAGCUUCUCAAGUAACAAAAUCUUUGAACUAUUGAGCAGCUUCUCAAGUAACUCCCUAAAUCAUUAAGUACAUUUUUGUUGGA